AUGACUAACUUGGCAUGCAGACUAAGAUUUGCCAAGCCACAAGCAAAUAACAUUCAGGUUACAGAUUGGCUAACCAAGAUUCUCAAAGCUUUUCUGCCAGAAAAUCUGACAAGGGAAAUAUCAUGGGAUAUAUACGAAGAUGAUUCAUGGUACAGAAAUUUUUGCUUAUAUUGGUUCGCAGUGGUGAGAGAGAGAGAGAAAGAGCUAACCUUAGAUACUCGGUGGUUUUAUACCCGUCGCCAAGCCAAGAGAGGAGACCAGUCAGAGAGAGGCGGUGGGGACUGGCGAGGGAUGUGCUAG